AUGUCUUUUUUCUUUCUUUCUUUCUUUCUUUCUUUCUUUCUUUCUUUCUUUCUUUCUUUCUUUCUACAAGAUCUGUCUCAUUUUCUUUCUUUCUUUCUUUCUUUCUUUCUUUCUUUCUUUUUUUCUUUCCCUUUUCUGAUUGAACCUUUCUACCCAUUUCUUUCUUUCUUUCUCUUUUCUGAUCUGAUCUUUCUUUUCUCUAUAUCUUUCUUUUACUCUUUUGGUAAUUUCUUUCUUUCUAUUUUCUGUUUUGUUUUUUUUUUUCUCCACUUCUUUUUAUACACUUUGGGUAAUUUCUUUCUUUCUUUCUUUUUUCUUUCUUUCUAUUUUCUGAUUUGUUUUUUUUUUUCUCCACUUUUUUCUUUCUUUCUUUCUUUUUUCUUUGUUUGUUUCUUUUUUCUUUCUUUCUUUUUUUUUCUUUCUUUCUUUCUUUCUUUCUAUUUUCUGAUUUGUUUUUUUUUCUCCACUUUUUUCUUUCUUUCUUUCUUUUUUAUUUCUUUCUUUCUUUCUAUUUUCUGUUUUUUUUUCUCCACUUUUUUCUUUCUUUCUUUCUUUUUUAUUUGUUUCUUUCUUUUUUCUUUGUUUGUUUCUUUUUUCUUUCUUUCUUUCUUUUUUUCUUUCUUUCUUUCUUUCUUUCUAUUUUCUGAUUUUUGCUUUCUUUCUUUCUUUCUUUCUUUCUUUCUUUCUUUCUUUUUUAUCUGCUCUUACUUUCUUCUAUUCUUCCAUUCUUCAUUUUCUUUCUUCUUACCUUUUUUCUUUCUUUAA